AAUUCAACACUCAAGAUAUGGACGCAAACCCCGCGACUCUUGCACUGGUUUGAAACAAGAAAUAUUGGUUUGAAAAUGAGCGAUUCUCAGUCACCCUUGGUUUCCACUCCUUCAAGAAUAACUGACUACUUUCCACCAAGUCCAAAGACAAGUCAAGAAACUGAGGAUAAGGAUGAAAAAUUCAAAGAAACCAAAACUAGCAAAAUUGACAUUUCCAAUUCUUCAAUAUUAUUGACCCCUGAACCCUCACCUGCCAAAGACAAUGAAAAAGACCAAAAAGAUAAAGUUGAAACAGACAGUAACUCUAGUACUGAACAACCUAAAUGUAAACAGGUUCUUUUAGAAAAAUAUGAAGAAAAAGAUGCAGAAGAAGAAAAGCCUAAUGGUGGACCAAAGAAAUCAACAAAAACGGUGUCUACUUCACAGAAUAAGAAGAAAUCAUCAAGGAAAAAAAAGACAGCAGAGCCAAGUCUACAGAACAGCCUGUUGACAGACUUCUACCCUGUCAGACGUAGUAACAGGAGAUGUAAAUCUGAAUUAGAGAAAGAUAAACAGUGUGAGAUAGAGGAUAAAAUUUUAAACAAAAAAGAAGAAGGUCUGAAGGUUGAAGAAAUUGAAAACAAAGGUCGUGGGGUGAUUGCCAGUAAAGAUUUCUUCCGUGGCGACUUUGUUGUGGAAUAUGCUGGUAACCUAAUUAGUCAGAAGAUUGCAAAACAGAAAGAGUUGGACUAUGGCAAAGACCCCAGUAUUGGUUGUUACAUGUAUUACUUCACUCAUAAAACUAUUAAUUACUGUGUGGACGCAACUGCAGAGAGUGGCCGACUUGGUCGUCUCAUCAACCACAGUAGAACCAAAAACAACUGCCACAUGAAAUUAACAGAAAUAAAUGACCGACCUUACCUCAUGCUCAUGGCCUCAAGAGAUAUUUCCACUGGUGAAGAACUUUUAUAUGACUAUGGAGACAGAAACAAAGAAUCUCUGUCGUCACAUCCUUGGUUAAAGUCAUGAUGGUUGGUUGUUGUUAGCUUUUAUUGUUUUAAAUUACCAUGGUUACUGCGUAUUGAAUUGUUACUUUUAAAACAGGUGUUCAUUGACAUUUUGAAUUUGACUGAUUGUGUUGAAUGCAUGAUUUUAAACAAACUCUAUGUGUCUUGUGUAUGAAUGUAGUUUUAGAGUUUUUAAAAGAAGUUCAGGUAUAUUUGUGGUUGUUGUUUGCAUAAGUAUUUAUUUUUGUAGCUGUUGCAAUUAAAUAUUAAUAGAUAUGGACGGAAAAUGUUCAAAGAGUUGUUUAAAAAGCUAGUUUUUUUUAGCUACCUUGUAUAAAAUUAUUUUGGAAGUCUAAUGAAUUUGUGAAAAAUCAUGUUUUAGAAAAUUCUUGUAAUAUUGUUCUAUGAUCAUGAUAAAAAAAGUAUGAUUAAGGUUCCACUAAAGUCAAAAUAUAGGAUACUUCAUAACGCCUAAACUUUGCCUGUAUUUUUCAACCUAUAAUGAGUAAAAUCCUAAACUAUGAAAACAUAUGUUCAUUUAAAUAUCAUGUAUCUAGGUGAACAAAUAUCGAAGUUACAAUACAGAAAUUGGACAAAUAUGCCAUUAAAACAUAUGUAUGUGACAAAUCAACAUGAGCUUGCCCUGCAUUAAAUGUGACAUUAUUCAUCCAUACCAAUUUUAAGCAAAUUAAGUCGUCUCGCAGGCCUCCAGAUUUUUUUGAAAAUUUAGUGUUCACCCCAAGAACCAGUUUGGCCACAACAUAACAAUUUCAAGUUUAUUUACAAUUUACACAGUGUGUAUAUGUUAAGUAUGUUUAAAUGAACAUAUGUUCUCAAAGUGUAAGACUUUAUUCAUUAUAGGUUGAA